AACACACACGUGUCCACACGACGGCGCUAAGCUUUAUAGCGAACGAACGAAGCGGAACUGGAUUCAAAUAUGGCAGACUUACAGGCCGAAAUACCGACUGUAGAGAGUCUAUUGGAGCAUGCAGUCGAUGCGUUUUGGGCUCGGUUUGAGACAAACCCCGAGGUGGCAGCGUGUGCCCCCGGGCGCGUGAAUCUGAUUGGCGAACACACGGAUUAUAACGAUGGAUUUGUAUUCCCCAUGGCGUUGCCAUUGGUUACCGUAUUUGUGGGCCGAAAGAAUGGCAGUACUCAGUGCCGGGUUGAAACCCUGUCUCAAGGCGUGGACGCGCCGACCUAUGCGGAGUUUCCGGUUCCCAGCGAGCAGACGGCCCUGAAGCCGGGGCUACCUAAGUGGGUGAACUAUGUGAAAGGAGUGGUGGCGAACUAUAAAGGCGCUGUGCCUGGGUUCGACUGUGUGCUGGCGUCCUCGGUGCCGCUAGGGGGCGGGGUUUCAAGCUCUGCCUCUCUGGAGGUGGGCACGUACAUUUUCCUUGACCAGCUGAACGGCGCCGGCGAGAAUGGCGUCUCCCGGAAGGAGAAGGCGCUAGCGUGUCAGAAAGCGGAACACGUGUUCGCGGGCGCGCCAUGCGGAAUCAUGGACCAGUUUAUUUCCAUCAUGGGCGAGGAGAAGCAUGCACUGCUUAUCGACUGCAGGUCCCUCGAAAGCACCCUUGUACCGUUAGAAGAUCCCGACGUCGUUGUCUUGGUGACGAAUUCCAAUGUGAAACACAACAUAGAGGCUUCCGAAUACUCUACCAGACGACGCCAGUGUGAAAAUGGCGCCAAAACACUCGGCGUUAAAAGCCUCAGGGACGCGAACAUGGAACUGCUACAAGACCAGAAGGCGCAGUUGGACGAUGUGACGUAUCGACGCGCUCGUCACGUGAUUGGCGAGAUAGGGCGGACGGAAGACGCGGCACAGGCGCUUAGAGACAACAACUACAAGCUGUUUGGGGAACUGAUGGUCCAGAGUCACAACUCACUUCGAGACGAUUUCGAGGUAUCCUGUCCGGAACUGGACCAGCUGGUGGAGGCGGCGAUGGAGGUGAAGGGAGUGUUCGGGUCUCGGAUGACUGGGGGCGGAUUCGGAGGCUGCACUGUUACGCUGCUCAAGAAAGACGCGGUUCCAGACGCUCUCGAGCAUAUCAAGAACCGUUACAAGGGAACGCCGACGUUCUACGUGUGCGAGGCGUCCGGGGCUGCCAGGGGGCUGACCUUGUAAUGAGCGCCCCACCCCGGGCAUCUCAAUUCUCCACCCUGUGUUGUGCCCGGGACGGGGAUUAUAAACAGACUAGAUGAGAAAACCCGCUGAGAAAACGAAAUUUUAAAAUCUUGUUACUUACGGCAAAGAAGUUUUUCUUCGUGAACAAGUUAUACAUUGUAUUGAAAAUAAUCAUCGUGUUUUAUUUAAAUCUAAAAAUGAUGUUAAUCUAUAUUUUAAUGCCUGUUCCAAGAAAAUACAAUUUUUAUGAAACUAACAAACUAAUUCAAAUACACCAUUGCUUCCAAAUGAAACCUCUGCCAAAAAAAGGGUUUACAUAUGCCGUAAUUGGCCUCUUCCAUUAGCGAAUCUGUGAUCAGCAUAUGACAUCCCACAUUAGACUGUAGCUGUCUGACCUAACGUCCAUAUGCGCAUCAGUGUAUAACAUUGUUUCAUUUUCCUCAGAUGUAUGAGAAAGGAUAUUCUCAAAAGUCUCACAAGUGCCUUAUAUCACAUAGAUUGUUUAUAGCCUAUAUUCUGCAAGUAAAUAUUUUUUUGUGUUUAGGGGUUUUCAAUAGUUUGAAAAUGUGUGUGUCUAAAUAUUGUUGUAUAUCGUGGCAUAACAAACAUACAUCCAGGUCUAAGGGUGUUAACUGUUUGAUUGUAAACUGAAAAAAACCUAUGCAAAAUACCGAACUUUUGUUCUUGUAUUUAUAACAGUGAAUCAUGGUCCAUACAACUAAAGUGUAUCUAGUAAUGGUGGGCAUCGAACAUGUUGAAGUCCAUAGAAUGUUGUUAUGACAACUAUAAACUAGAUCGAUAGUUUGUGUAUUCUAGAUUCCAUUCCGUUUUAUGUUUGGCAUUAAUGAUAUGGAGUUAAUACUUGAUGUAAUGUUUUAUUGUUCAUUGUAUGUAUUGAAUCUCAUAUUGAUAUUUUCGUGUAUUCUACUUGUAAACUAUGAGGGAUCUCAUGUGUUUGUCUUGCUCACAUGGUCGUUUAGAUAUGCGGUUGUUAAAAGGUUGUUAUUUUUGUGUGAAUCUCUGGAAAAUAAAUAUAUAACAGAAACA